AUGGAAACAAAAGACCGUAAACCAUUCUUCCUCAAUUUCAAGAAAGUGCCAACGCAAUUGAAGAUUUUCUGCGACAACAUCUCUGGUUCUCUCAAAUUCAGUGAUUCUCUCAAUACACUCAUAAGUUUGUUAGUACCAUCCUUGGAAGAAUUCUCCUACUUGCUUGGACUUCCUGUGCUUAAUAAAAUUCCUUAUACUGGUAAAGAAGAAGAGCCUAAGUUGGAAGUCAUUGCUGCUGCCCUGCACUUGCCAAGAUCAGAAAUUGAGAAGGUUUGGAUUAGUAAGAAAGAGUAUUCUGGAUUACCCCUUGAUUUCCUCUACGAAAAAGCGGAGAUUCUUGCUAAAGCUUCAAGUAUGGAUGCCUUGGAAGCUGUGUUGUCUCUCUUAAUUUAUGGACAAGUUUUGUUUUUCCAUUAUGACAAAAUUGUUGAUGUGGCUGCUAUCAAUAUAUUCCUUAGCAAGAAUCCGAAUGAAGAAGGAUUAACUUGGGCUCAGAGAAUUAUGAAGCUUUCUUUCGACGACAUCCUAUGGUACCAAAAGAAGUUCGAGGGAACCUUGCUAUUUGAUAGUUGUGGAGAUUUCCCUAAUAUACCUCUUCUUGGUGUUCGUGGAGGAAUAUCUUAUAAUCCCAUUCUAGCUCGACAUCAGUUUGGCUUUGCCUUGAAGGACAAACCGCGUUCUUUGUAUCUUAGUGCAGAAUAUUUCCAUUAUGAUUCCGACAAAGAGAAGAAGAGAGACCUUUUCAUCAAAGCUUGGAUGAAAGUAAAGAAAGUUGGCGCAAAGGAUAUAGGAAGGAGAAAUUAUAUGCCAUGGGAUCCAUAUUUCCAAUGGGUUUAUGAUCGAGUUAUGGAAUUUGGGAUGCCUUAUCCAUCUGAUACGCCCAUAGUUCCAAGGGUAGCUCCUCCUGCUGCCCCAAUUGCAUUUGAGCCAUAUAUUCCUGCUCCAAAUGAAGACCUGGUUGCAACUGUUAACCGACUGAAAAGGGAAAGGGAAGACUUUGAGAGACGCUUACUAAAAGUGGAAGCUGAAAAAGAGGUGUUAGUACAAGAUGCCAAAGAGCGAGAGACUUUACUUGAUUACUUUUCCCGCAAAUGGAAGAUUGAAGAUUUUGUUUCUCCAGAUCAGAUUAAUUCAUGGGAAAACGAAAUUUCUAGGCUUGUUCAAGAAAGAGAGGAAAUGAUCAAGGCACACAAGGAAGAAGUCCGGGUCCUAAAGAGGAAGCGUCGUCAGGAAGACAAAAAUCCUGGAAUUUAG